AACUUAGUUAUAUAUAUUCUUCAGGUAAGAAAACAGCAGCAAAGAGUGCUGUUUAUUCUUCAAACAAUGCCAAUUGAUUUACAAAUUAUUGAUGUAACUGAGCCUGGUCGUGACGAGGAUUUAGCGUUUAUGCAAGAAGAGGCAAAAAAGCAUAACAAGAAAACACAACUUCCUCCUCAGAUCUUCAAUGAUGAUGUAUACUGUGGUGAUUAUGCAGACUUUGAAGUGGCCAAUGAUGAUGAUGAUAUCAUGAGGUUUUUAAAACUUGAAACAGGACCUACCAAAUCUGAACUACUGAAUAAUGCUGCACCUGAAAGUGACGUAAUUACACAAAAUGGUAUUAGUGGUCAUGAAAAUGGAGAAACAAAGGAAAAUGCUGAACCUUUGGGAGAACAUGAGUCUAAUGAUACAGGUGAGAUUAUAAAUGAAUCUGAACAGAACAUUUUAGCUAAUGUUGAAUCUGAGGAUGUAAAGGAGGACAUGGAAUUGUUAGAAAAGGCAGAUAUAAAAGAUAAUGAAGUAAAAUCUGAAAUAUUAGAUAACAGUAAUGAAAAAUUAAAUCUUGAUGCAACUGAUAAGAAAAAAGUUGAAGAAUCAUCUGAAGAAGAAAGUGAAGAAGAAUCAGAAUAAUAAAUUUUUGAAGAAAAAGUCAGAAUUACUUAUUGACAAAUUUCUGUUAGAUUUUUAGGUGGCUAUUCAUUUUAAACUAUUCACAUUAUAAUAUAUUCUGAAACAUUUGAAUAUUCACAAAAAUAAAAAAAAUAAGCUUUUAUAUUUAAUCUUUGAAAUUUAAGUUAAUGUUGCAUGCUUAUAGAAGUGAACGAAUAUUGCAAGCUGAAAAGUGCAGGUGCAGAUUUAUUAUGCUAUUGAGUAUUAAGAGUCAAACUAAAUUUUAGACUAAAAGAUUUGUAAAUUACCAAGAACAGAAAUCCAGAUGUUUUAGUGAAAAGUUGUGAAUUUUUAUGAUUUUUAUGUAUUUUGUUACAGAAUUUCCCUUUGACUUUUUUCCAAUAUUGUUAUAGGAAAUAAAAUCAGAUCAUUAUGUUUGAAGAAUAAGUAAUAUUUACCAUUUAUAUUUAUAAAAGUGUGAAGAACUUAAUUAUUGGAUGUGUGUGUUUAUUAACCAUGGUUAAUUAAAUCUCUCGAAGUAUUAAUGUUGAAUACUAAACGGAUACUUUCAAGUAUUGUUUCAAAGUAGAUAUAUUUUUAAAUAGCAUAUUUUAGAAAAAUACGAAAUAAACAGGUUUUAGAUUUAGAUAUAAAAAAAAACCUUAUUGUAAUUUUCUGGAGAUUCUUAUUUUUUUUUUUUUUUUUUUUUUUUUUUUAAGUAAUUUUUUGUAUAAAUCUAUAUUUUGGAUCAUUAUACUGUAAAAAUUUUUUGGCUGUCAGGCAGCAUUAUUUUGAGGUGAGAUGCUAUUUUGAUCUUGUUCUUUUGCUAGAAAAAAAGUUUAUAAUUGAAAGAGAAUCAGUGAGUAAAUUAUUUGAUUUCUUAUAGUUUUAUAAUCACGUGUGUACUUUUCCAUUACUUGCAUUCUAAUGAGAUAAAUGGCAUAUUAUUAUAAGAUUAAUUUGUAACCAGAAUUAUCUGGUUUUGAUAUUUCAAUUGGAAUGAGUUUUGAAAAUUUAAAUUGUGUUAUUUAUUUUUUUUAAACUGACACAUAAAAUGAACAGAUGAAAUAUACUUAAAUAUCAGUUGUCAUAUUAGGAUUGUUCUCUCCCCCCCUUUUUUGUGCAUGUGUAAUAGUGUAAUUCAUAUACACUGACUCAUUGUCAUUGGUUUUGUGUAUUUAAGAUACAUUUGUGUAUAGAAAUUUAUUCAUAUCUUAAAAUUUUUAAUUAUGGUAUUUUAUACCUUCAUUUUAAAUAGUCAGGUUUAAGUGUCUCAGUAAUUUUGAAAGUAUAUAAAACUGUAAAAUAUUGAAAUUUGUAUAUACAUUUCUAUUAAUGUAAGUACAAAUGUUUGUUAUUUGGAGUAGGUCAGAAAAUUUUAUAUAUGUUUUAUGUAAUAGUAAUUAAUUGAAUAUUUUGAAUAAAUGUGUUUAAUUCUUGA